AUGGCCUCCAAGAUCAAGGACGCCUUGCCCGCCCACAUGAAGCCCUCCAACGGCACCGACGGCGAGCGCCAUCACGGCAAGUCGCAGUCGCACGUGGCCUUCGAGAACACCUCCACCUCUGUUGCCGCCUCGCAGAUGCGCAAUGCCCUCAACCAGCUGGCAGACUCUGUCAAGGACCCCAAGGAGAAGCAGCGCUUCGAGACUGAGAUGGACAACUUCUUCGCUCUCUUCCGCCGCUACCUCAACGACAAGGCCAAGGGCAACGAGAUCGACUGGGCCAAGAUCUCCCCACCAAAGCCAGAGCAGGUCGUCGACUACAACAGCUUGGGCAACACCGAGUCGGUCGAGUUCCUCAACAAGCUCGCCGUUCUCAAGCUCAACGGUGGUCUCGGUACCUCCAUGGGUUGCGUUGGCCCCAAGUCCGUCAUCGAAGUCCGUGAUGGCAUGUCCUUCCUCGACUUGUCGGUCCGCCAGAUCGAGUACCUCAACCGCACCUACGACGUUAACGUCCCGUUCGUGCUCAUGAACUCGUUCAACACCGACUCCGACACCGCCAAUAUCAUCAAGAAGUACGAGGGCCACAACAUCGACAUCAUGACCUUCAACCAGUCCCGCUACCCACGUAUCCUCAAGGACUCGCUUCUCCCAGCCCCCAAGUCCUCCGACUCGCCCAUCACCGACUGGUACCCACCCGGCCACGGUGACGUUUUCGAGUCGCUCUACAACUCCGGCAUCCUCGACAAGCUGCUCGACCGCGGCAUCGAGAUCCUCUUCCUGUCCAACGCCGACAACCUGGGCGCCGUCGUCGACCUCAACAUCCUCCAGCACAUGGUUGAGACAAGAGCAGAGUACAUCAUGGAGUUGACCGACAAGACCAAGGCCGACGUCAAGGGUGGUACCAUCAUUGACUACGAGGGCCAGGCGCGCCUGCUCGAAAUCGCCCAGGUGCCCAAGCAGUACGUCAACGAGUUCAAGAGCAUCAAGAAGUUCAAGUACUUCAACACCAACAACAUCUGGAUGAACCUGCGGGCCGUCAAGCGUGUGGUGGAGAACAACGAGCUCAGCAUGGAGAUCAUCCCCAACGGCAAGAGCAUCCCAGCCGACAAGAAGGGCGAGGCGGACGUUAGCAUCAUCCAGCUCGAGACGGCCGUCGGCGCUGCCAUCCGCCACUUCAGCAACGCGCACGGUGUCAACGUGCCCCGCCGCCGCUUCUUGCCAGUCAAGACCUGCUCUGACCUCAUGCUCGUCAAGUCCGACCUCUACACGCUCAAGCACGGCCAGCUUAUGAUGGACCCCAACCGCUUCGGCCCAGCUCCUCUGAUCAAGCUCGGCAGCGACUUCAAGAAGGUGUCCAACUUCCAGAGCCGCAUCCCAUCGAUCCCGAAGAUCCUCGAGCUCGACCACCUCACCAUCACCGGUGCCGUCAACCUCGGCCGCGGUGUCGUGUGCAAGGGCACGGUCAUCAUCGUCGCCACCGAGGGCAGCACCAUCGACAUCCCCCCGGGCUCGGUGCUCGAGAACGUGGUGGUGCAGGGCAGCUUGAGACUGCUCGAGCACUAG